UGGGGAGGAGGAGGAGGAGGAGGAAGAGGAGGAGGAGGAGGAGAAGGAGAGAGAUUAACAUUUUUGUUUUGUUACAGCUGCAGAACCAGGACUUUUUUUUCUUCUCUUCAUUCCUGUUAGUUCCACCCAUCAACAGUAGGCUGCAGUAUAAGUCUCCGUCCCCGUCUCCCACGGCACAUCAGCACCAGUAGAGCUGCAGGUGAGGGGGUUGAACCUUUCACUCUGCCACUGUAGUGCAGCACACAGGCGUCUCCUGGAGGGAGGUGACAGACAUCGGCACAGAGGGAGAAAGGGAAGACGGGUGAGGCAGAGCUCCUUCACUUCAACCACAGCUGACACAGUUCCUGCGUCUGAGGCGUGACAAAGAGCCGUCCUCUCCUCCGCCACCGUGACCAUGGUCUGCUCCAACCUUCUGAAAGACACAGGCAUCAUGCGCCUCCUACUGGUGGGACUGCUGAUGGGGUCUGUGUCAGGUCAGACUACUACCAUUGGAGCCUCCAGCAACUCCACCACUGACAUGGUCAACAACUCUACGGACUUCAACGUGUCUUCUACAGCGGCCCCCACAUACCAGUCCUCCACCCCCGGAGGUUGGAACAGUUCAACCACCUUCACUACUGGGAUGACAAACACCACAGGUGACGGGUCAAUGACGUACGAUAACAUCUACUGCCCCUCCUUUUCGUGUGUUUACUCCGAAUGUUACGCCACGUACAUGAGUCAGAACGACACGACGUGCCCGGCUAACUGUUUCUGUCAGCUGUUGCGGCAGACGGAGGUCAACUACGUGGCCAACUGCAGCGCCUCCUGUGCCGUCGCCUGCAAUGGAACUCUGACCAACUGCAGUACAAACUGCUGCAACACCACGGGCUGCCUCAACGACACGUUUGCAUCCAUGAUGACAGCGCCAACCACAGUAUCCACGACCAUGCAAUCGACCACCAGAGUCACCACCACCACCACCACCAGACCUCCAACCACAACCGCCGACCAGAGCAAAAUAUGUCACGAUUUCACCUGUAGUGGUGCGACCUGUUACAAAGAGCCCAGCAACCAAGGUUCAACCAGCAGCUGUUCAGGCUCAGAACUGACUCACUGUCAGCUGAAACAGGGGGAACCGGGCCAGUGGUCAGCGAGCUGCUCCACCAACUGUUCUGACGUCACGUCAUGUGGCAGCAGUACUAACAGUAACUGUCAGCUGGAGUGCUGUACAGCCACGAAGACCAGCUCCUGUCUAAAGCUGAACGGCACGUUGAUCGUCCCCAACAUGGCCACCAGGGGUCCUUCUCUUCACAUGGAACUGAUGGUGUCUUUAGUUGGUAUGUUGACCCUCACUCUGUCUCUGUGAGCCGUGGCCCUGUGGCUGUAAUGGGGUCAUGGGGUCAUGGGGUCAUGGGGUCAUGGGGUCACUCCUCCUUCCAGAGUAAGUUCUACUCCUUCAUGUAUUUCAGUUAUAAUCAAAUAUGUGGCUCUGCUGAUAUACCUGUGGAAUCAUGUGCCGCUUCACUUAUAAAGUUUACUUUGUCUUUUUUUUUUUGUUAUUACUUCAUUUCUUUGAAAAGAUAAAACAGUAGCAAUGGGUUAAUCAUAAACUGCAGGGUUUUUUUUAAAUGCAGUGUAAAUGUUCUGUGUUCAUACACAUUAAAGCUCUUUUUAUUUUUAGUCAAACAUCCUUUGGUUGCAGUAUCUGUAUCUUUCGGGGGCCAACUGUACUGUCGUAGCCAUGACCUCGCCGUUUGACACCCUCUCACUCACACACUUCAAUUUCAUACCAAUUCAUCAUCAUCAUCAUCAUCAAGAAUCACUGAGAGUCUUAAUGCACUUUAUAAAUCUCGCCUGUUCAGAAGGUUUAUGAUGGAUUCACAGUGAAAUGUACAACAAUGGAAACUCUGAAUAUUUUUUUCUUUUUUCUAAUCCCCUGUGGACCAUGAGUUGAAAGUAAAAAGUACUUCACAAAAUAUAUUUUGGUAUACUGGUCACAGGAAUGAUAGAUGAAAGAUAAAAUCAGAAUGA